UCGUGCCGCCUCCACGUCGACAGGGAUGCGCAAGAUGGAGGCGCUGCUGCUGGAACCUUCCCUGUACACGGUGAAAGCCAUCCUCAUCCUGGACAACGACGGUGAGAGACUGUUCGCCAAGUACUACGAUGAGACGUACCCGUCAGUCAAAGAGCAGAAGGUGCUUGAGAAGAACAUAUUCAACAAGACCCACCGGACGGAUAGUGAAAUCGCCCUGCUGGACGGGAUGACAGUCGUAUACAAGAGCAACAUCGACUUGUAUUUCUACGUAAUUGGCAGCUCUCAUGAGAAUGAGUUGAUGCUGGUGGCUGUACUGAAUUGCCUUUUUGAUUCCCUGAGCCAGAUGUUGAGGAAAAACGUGGAGAAGCGAGCACUACUGGACAAUAUGGAGGGGCUGUUUCUGGCGAUCGACGAGAUUGUGGAUGGGGGGGUUAUUCUGGAAAGCGAUCCUCAGCAGGUGGUACAGCGAGUGGCAUUGAGAGCUGACGACGUCCCUCUGACGGAACAAACGGUGGCUCAGGUCCUUCAAUCAGCCAAGGAGCAGAUCAAAUGGUCUCUACUCCGAUAGGACACCCAUCCCUCAAACAUUCCUCUCACUCUCUCUCUUUCUUUCUCUCCGAUAUUCCAUUCUGCAUUGUAAUGACUUUCUAAGAAAAUGUAAACUGUGGUUGUAAUAUGCACUGUUCAGAGGGGGUGAGGGUGGGGGGGUGGGGGUGGGGGGGUUCUAAGGCAAGAUGGUAGAUUGCAUCUUCCCACCCCCCCCAAAUCUCCAAUUCAGGGACGUUUCCCAAAGCACUGAGAGAAGCAGGAUCCUCGCUCCUUCCUGCUAUUUCCGUUGGGAAUACUUUACUCCAAUAUUCUCUCUCUCUCUCUCUCUCUCUCCCACUAAGCUCUACGGGGUGGUGGGGGGGGGUCGAAUUCCACAUUAAUUCUGCAAAUCCAAUGGGUAACAGAAAACGCCAGCAAGUCCCUACAGACGCUCAGCAGGUCAGGCAGCAUCUAUGGAGAGAGGAAAGUGAGUCAACGUUUUGGGUCGAUGAGCUUUCCCAGGGACUUCCGAUUCCCAAGCUCGGUCCAGUCCAGUAAUCGGGAGAUUGAUGCCUUGUUUGAUUUGAGGAUGGGCGGUGGUGGGGGGAGAGAGGAGGAACGGGGCUUUCUUCGCUGGGUCAGUGUUUGGAGGGGGUGGAGGGGUUGGGGGUGGGGGGGGAGCUGUGUUGUGGGCAGCUCAGUGGGUUGUCACCGAAAGGUGCUCGCUCUUAAAGAAGGGUGGGGAAGGUGCUCUUAAAGGGGAGGGUGGGGGAGGAGAGAGGGGAGCAUUACCCCCAUCCCCCCCCCUUGUUUUCCCCCAGGCUUGACACUGGCUGUCCACCUUGUCCCACCUGAACUGUUCCGAUCCCCACCACUCGGGAGCACUGCUCCCCGUCGCCAUCUGCCGACAGACGUCAAGGGUUGUGCCGAGCUCCCCGAGGGGGUAUUGACCCCCUUUCUCCCCCCACACACCGCCCCCCUUUUUACCAAGGUGGCAUUGAGCACGAACCCCUGUAUAUCGCGGGACACCUCAAAGCUCUUCGAGACAUCUCGAAAGACGUGAGAAGGCGGCGUAUCAAACGCACGGACACGUCCGGGCUAAAGCCAGGGCUCGGGAGCUCAGCCUCGCGCUCUCUCUCUCUCUCUCUCUCUCGCUCUGUCUCUCCAGCAUUAACCUCGGGGCUGAGCACAGCCACACGUUCGCUGCGAUAGGUUCACCUCCGCCCCGGGGCGACGUGAAGGUCUCGUCCUCUCCUCUCGUCUCGUCUCUUAACGUGUAACGAUCUCCCGAAAAUUGACCAAAAUAAAUCACUUGUGAUUGAAGCAUCAA